CAGCCACAGGGACUGGGCAGGGGUGGGCAGUGCUCACAGGCACAAGGACCAGGGUUGUGUUGUUGGCUGAUCUGACUGCAUUGGCUACCCCUCCCCUCUGCUUCCUGUCCCUCCCUCCCCAUAAUCCUUCCCCCUUUUCCCUCUCCACCCUGGGCUCAAGGUCUCACUCUGUCUGCCCUUGUGGUGCCAGCAGGGCCUUCUCUGGGCUGGAGGAAGCAGAUGGCCAUAAGCAUGAAGACUGGUGUCGGUCCUGUCCCCCAAGGCAUCCCCUCAUUCCCAGCGUACUUUGUGCCUGCUGUGCCUGCUGUGGCCUAUGUGUUCUGCUUCCCUGUGUGUGGGGGUGCCACUGAUGGAGUCCCUGUUCCCAGCUCCAUUCUGGGAGGAGCUGUAUGGCCGCCACCUGCAGGGCAACCUGUCACUGCUGGGUCCCAACCACAGCCUGCCUCCUGCCCACCUGCUGCCCAACGCCAGCCACGGGGCCUUCCUGCCCCUGGGGCUCCAGGCCACCAUCGUAGGGCUCUACCUGGCUGUGUGUGUUGGUGGGCUCCUGGGAAACUGCCUCGUCAUGUAUGUCAUCCUCAGUUGUCCCAGCCAUAUUACUGGAGUUUGGAUCCACUCAAACCCCUUCUACACACAUUCCACCCUGUCACCAUUUUCCAUCUCCAUUGCUAGGCACACCAAGAUGAAGACAGCCACCAACAUCUAUAUUUUCAACCUGGCCCUGGCAGACACCCUGGUGCUGCUCACUCUGCCUUUCCAGGGCACCGACAUUCUGCUGGGCUUCUGGCCAUUCGGCAACGCCGUGUGCAAGGCCGUCAUUGCCAUUGACUACUACAACAUGUUUACUAGCACCUUCACCCUGACUGCCAUGAGUGUCGACCGCUAUGUGGCUAUCUGCCACCCCAUCCGGGCCCUGGAUGUUCGCACCUCCAGCAAAGCCCAGGCUGUGAAUGUGGCCAUCUGGGCCUUGGCCUCUGUGGUUGGUGUCCCAGUUGCCAUCAUGGGCUCGGCACAGGUGGAGGAUGAAGAGAUCGAGUGUCUGGUGGACAUUCCUGCCCCUCAGGACUACUGGGGCCCAGUGUUUGCUGUCUGCAUCUUCCUCUUCUCCUUCGUCAUCCCCGUGCUCAUCAUCUCUGUCUGCUACAGCCUCAUGAUCCGGAGGCUGCGAGGUGUGCGCCUGCUCUCCGGCUCGCGGGAGAAGGACCGGAACCUGCGCCGCAUCACACGGCUGGUGCUGGUGGUGGUGGCCGUGUUUGUGGGCUGCUGGACACCGGUGCAGGUGUUUGUGCUGGUGCAGGGGCUGGGCGUGCAGCCGGGUAGCGAGGCUGCCGUGGCUGCCCUGCGCUUCUGCACAGCCCUGGGCUAUGUCAACAGCUGCCUCAACCCUGUGCUCUAUGCCUUCCUGGAUGAGAACUUCAAAGCCUGCUUCCGCAGGUUCUGCUGCGCUUCUGCCCUGCGCCGUGAGAUGCAGUUGUCAGACCGCGUGCGAAGUGUUGCCAGGGAUGUGGCCCUGGCUUGCAAGACACCGGACACAGUGCCACGGCCUGCAUGACUAGGCGUGGACCUGCCCAUGGGGCCCAUCAGUCCCCAGAGCCCAUCCACACCCAACACAGAGCUCACACAGGUCACUGCUCUCUAGGUUAACUCCUGAGCUGCUGAUGGGCUUCACCUUGGGCCCAGGCACUUUGCAGCACCAUGGGACAGUGUUGAGGCUGCCACUGCGACCCCAUUGGACCAAGCUGCCAUCCUGGAGCAGAGAGCUCUGCAGUGUAUAUGCGCAUGCUCCCAGCUCCGUG